GCUUCCCGAGGCCGCCUGGGUGCCGGACCCAGAGAGCGAGGCGAGCGGCGCAGGGCCGGGCAGGGCCGGGCAGGGCCCGCCAGGACUCGCGGCGCGGUAGGGGGAGCGCCAUGCGAGGGGCCCGGGCCGCUCCCUUCCGGCCGCGGCCGGAGCUGGUGCUGCUGCCUCUGUUGUCGCUGCUGUGUGACCGGGGUCGGCCGCAGGGCAGCCCUGGGCCACUACAGUGCUAUGGAGUUGGACCCUUGGGCGACUUGAACUGCUCGUGGGGACCUCUUGGGGACCUGCGAGCCCCCUCCACGCUACACUUCCAGAGCCAGAAGUACCAUUCCAACAGAACGUGGACUGUGACAGUGCCCACUGGGCAGAGCUGGGUGGCCAUUCCGCGGGAGCAGCUUACCAUGUCUGAUGAACUGCUUGUCUGGGGUACCGAGGCUGGCCAGCCUCUCUGGCCCCCAGUCUUCGUGAACCUGGAAACGCGAAUGAAGCCAGAUGCCCCCCAACUGUACCCUGACGUGGACUUUUCCGAGGACGACCCCUUGGAGGCCACUGUCCAGUGGGCCCCGCCGGUGUGGCCACCCCACAAGGUCCUGGUCUGCCAAUUCUACUAUCAAAAAUGCCAGGGGAAUUCCUGGACUCUGCUGGAACCGGAAGUCAAGUCCAUACCCCUGACCCCGGUUGAGAUCCCGGACCUGGAGCUAGCCACUGGCUAUGAGAUGUACGGCCGCUGCCGAAUGGAGAAGGAAGAGGAGCUGUGGGGCAAACAGAGCCCGAUUCUGUCCUUCCAGACACCGCCGGCUGAUGUGUGGAUCUCGGGGGGCAUCUGCGGAACGGCAGACACCCGGGAAGUCCUGCUUCUGUGGAAGCCCCCGGACCAAUGCGUGCAGAUGAGCUAUAAAGUCUGGUUCCAAGUUAAAGGUCAGGAGCGGAUCCAGAAGACGGCUCCCUGCUGUAACUCCUCGGUCCCCAGCCAGGCGGACUGGGUUGGGCUGUCUGCCGUCAAUGCCAGGAGCUGGGGGCCUCUCACCAACCUUUCCCUGGCCUGCUUGGGUCCAGGGGCUGCCCCCCAUGGCGUGGAGGUCACCAGCGUUCCUGGGAGCUCCGAGCUGCUGGUGACUUGGCAGCGGGGCUCUGGGCAGUUGCAGGAGCACGUGGUGGACUGGGCUCGGGACGGGGAUCCCUUGGGGGCCCUCAGUUGGACCCGGCUUCCCGCGGAGAACCUCAGAGCCCUAUUGCCAGGGAAUUUUGAAGGAGGGGUCCCCUACCGAAUCACAGUGACAGCAGUGUCUCCUUACGGCUUGGCCCCUGCCCCCUCAGUCUGGAAGUUCAGAGAGGAACUAGUACCCCUAGCGGGGCCAGAGCUUCGACGACUCCAGGAUACCCCCCCAGGAACGCCCACCGUAGCGUGGGAAGAGGUCCCGAGGCACCAACUUCGGGGUCACCUCACCCACUACACCCUGUGUGCACAGAGCGGGACCGGGCCGUCUGUCUGCAUGAAUGUGAGUGGCAGCACCCGGAGCAUCACUCUGCCCGACCUUCCCUGGGGUCCUUGUGAGCUGUGGAUGACCGCAUCUACCACCGCAGGACAGGGCCCACCCGGUCCCAGCCUCCGGCUUCACCUACCAGAUAACACCCUCGAGUGGAAAGUUCUGCCGGGUGUCUUCCUCCUGUGGGGCUUGCUCCUGCUGGGCUGUGGCCUGAGCCUAGCCGCCUCUGGGAGGUGCCUCCACCUUCGGCACAAGGUGCUGCCACGCUGGAUCUGGGAGAAGGUUCCUGAUCCUGCCAAUAGCAACUCUGGUCAGCCUCACAUGGAGGAGGUGCCUCCAGCUCAGCCCCUCAGGGACUUCCCCAUCCUGGAAGUGGAGGAGAUGGAGCCACUACCGGUUCCGGAGCCCCCCCAGACCCCCGCCCGGCUGGACUCCGGGUACGAGAAACAUUUCCUGCCCACCCCUGAGGAGCUAGGCCUUCUGGGGCCGCCCCCGGGCCCCAAGUUCCGGCCGGAACCCACCCCAGGCCAGGAGACCGGUGCUCAGCGGACAGAUGAAGACACAGAGGAUCAGGGAGGCUGAGCCACCGGCCUGAGGACCCCCAGCCAAGGACCCCCACAGCCAAAGGCCUGGCCCUCCGGGGAAUCUAUGGAUGGAUGAGGGAGCAAAGGAGGAUGUGUGAAAUCAGGAGUGGCCGCCGCCACCCCAGCCUCCCUCGCCGCCGGCUGCAGCCACGGACCAAGUUCUCGUCCACGGAACGUGAGCAGCAGUGGCGCGCGCCGCUGCCCAGGCUGCGUGGGGGCUCCUGCCCAUUCUCUUCCCUUUCCCGGGAGCUGGAACAUCAACGUGCCCGUGAUCCCGGCGAAGGCAGGACAAGAAGGGGAUAGAACCCCGAGUCCCCGAGUGGCUGCCUGAAUCAGAGCCACCCAGAGAAAUGAACUUCGAGGUUUUCAUGGCUACGGGAGCUCGGGAACUUUCCACAAGGAGCCGCCUGUACCCUCACGCGGACUCCAUCUUUGAUUCCAGCAGAGUGAAGCCUCGGAUUUCCCACAGGGAGACGGUGAAGGGAUCCCGAGCCAACAAACCCAUACGCUCCAACCGUC